AUGGAGCAAUAUAAUAACCGUAAAGAAAUCGAAAAAAUUACAUCUGAUAAUUCAAAUUCUGAUAAUUAAGAAUCAGAAUCUACAAAAACAAAAAAUAAUCCUACUAUUUCUCAAGUAUAAAGUCAUAUAAUAGAAGAUAUGUAGUCCCAAAAAUAAAAAAAGAAGUAAUAAAAUCCACUUCCUUAUUUCUAAAGAAACCACAACCCAUAAAUAGUAGAUGAAGAUACAGAGCAUUUUAAGAUAAAAGUGGAACAUUUAUUAAGUGUUUUUAAAGCAGAUGCCAUUUCAGAAUUUAUGGGAAUGAAAAGAUCGCUUUUAGAAGAUUAAAAAUAACAAAUAAAAUAAUAAACAGAGAGAUAUUUAUUAAUGUACGAAGAUAAAAAUAAAGAAGUAUAUAUAUUAUUAAAAAAAUUAAAAUAAACUUAAUUUAUAUAUAUAUAUAUAAAAUAAAAAAAUUAAAGCUUAUUAUAUAUAUAGAAAAAAUAAAAAAGCAGUAUAUAUAUAUAUAUAUAUUUAUAUAUAAUUUUUCUCUAUAUAUAUUUAUUUUUUAUUUAAACAAAAAAAAACUAAAAGAAAUAACAAUUAGCCUAAAAAUAUGCAAAUAAAAAUUUAAAAAUUAGAAUUUUUUCCAAUUUUUCUUAUUAUUGUUAAUAAAAUUCUUCCUAAAAUAAACUUACUUAAUAAUAAAAUAAACAUUUAUCUGAAGUAGAAGAAAUCACACUCAAAUUUUAAAAAGAAAUUUCUCUUUUAAAAUAAUAGUUUUAAGAAUCUUAAAAAGCUCUUUAAUAAAUAAACGAAAACAAAGAAAAUAUGUAAGAAAAUCUUAAAAAAGCUUUCAUGAGAGGCAUUUGUGCUCUAAAUUUUGAGGCAAUGAAUGUUAUAGGGAAUCCUGUGGACCCUUUGUAGGAAUAAAUAAUAUAAAAAACAGAAUAAUUAGUACAAAAAACUGAACAAGUGGUUUAAAAAACAGAAUAAAUUGCUUAUUAACAUGAAAAAACAUUCGAUAAUGAAUAAAAUCUAUAAAAUUAAUAAAAUUAAUUUAAUUCUUUAUUAAUAAAUCCAGUUUAAGAUAAUGACAAAAGCAUUGAUAAAAUUUCACAAAUAGAAUUUUUCAAGAAUGAGUAAAAAUUAAAAUCUAUUGUUUUUUAUUAAAAAAAAAUUAAGGCUAUAAGAAAUAAAUAAAAUGAUAAAUCCUUAAAGUAAUUCUAAAAAAGUUAUAAUUUUUGA